UAGASAGGACUAGUCUUUAGUACAAAAGUGUUAAGUUUUAGUUUUCUUUGACAAUGAUGGUCAAUCACAAUUAGAGUCCCUUUGAGGCAUUCUACAACAACUGACAUUGUUGCUUAGAGAUGUAAAUUAUCCAAGCUUGUCGUGUAUCAACGAUAAUGACAACGCAGAGGUGAAAACAAAACCACAAACAUCAAAUCAAUUGAGAGCAGCUAAACUCAACAACCAACAAUUUCAUAGAAAUGUGACAACCAGCAAAUACGGAGAAAAAUAUUGAAAAAAUGAUCUUGAAAUUACGACGUCACAGCCAAGAAUCUUGAAUCAGAGUAACUCUGCUUGAAGUCAAGAGUUUUGUACUGUGCCAGUAUCACGAUGAAUUCAUCAAACACGAGUAAAUUCAAGUUUUAUCCGCUUCAGUAUCGCUCACAAGAAGAAGUUAUCGCAGAGACGUUGAUAGCUUGCUUGUUGUUUAUCCUGGGAGUCAGUGGGAACAGUCUUAUAUGUUACGUAAUACACAAAAAACGUUUCACAAGCUCGUCUAUGUACUUCUUCAUGUUAAACCUGGCCUGUGCCGAUCUUCUGGUUUGUUUCGCGUCCAUACCUUUAACAUUGUUAGCCACGAGGCCUCAGCCUGUUGAUGUUGAAUUUGGCUGGGUGGGAUGUAAGGUAAUUCGCUUUAUCCAGUACAUGUUACCACCGGCUUCAGUAGCGAUUCUUACCGCCACAGCGAUAGAUCGAUAUUUUCAUAUCUGUAUACCGYUAAAAAGAAUGAUUACAACUACAGCAACUAAACAACUAGCUGGUAUAUGCUGGGGUUGUGCUAUCAUACUCACUCUACCCGUCUUCUUCCUUAUCGAGACAGACAACGUUACCUAUCAAGGACAAGUUUACCAAUUUUGUAACAUCCACGAAACCUCGCGGUAYCCUAUUGCUGGUACAGUGUACCUAGUAUUCCGAGGUGUGCUKGGGUUUGCUAUGCCGUUAGSUGUUAUUUCAGUAUUGUAUUUUAAAAUUGUGCGAACAGUUUGGCGAAGAGAUACCAAUCAUUCAACAAACAGACAGCGAGCAAACGUUGUCAAGUCCUUAUUGACUGUUGURAUUGCGUUUACGCUGAGUUGGACUCCAUUCUCUGUCUGUAAUAAAUACUAUUUAUUUUUGAAACAGAAUGUCAUUACAAGACARGARAUCAUAACUUUCUGGGUCGGUUUAUCAGCUUCGGUGUACAAUCCUGUUAUCUAUGCCUUUUUUAACAAGAAAUUUCGCGAUGCAUUCAAAGCUGUUGUGUUURGAAAGAAAAUCAUGCAGAGGUCUCAAGCUGUGUUAUUUCAGGUCCCUGUACACCGACCACGAUCAAAAACACUUCCAGCCUUACUAGCAACAGACAUACCUCAAGAAAAUGAUGGUACUUCACUAGCUAAAACAAGACACUUAUCAAUCGGUUGCCAACAAUUACUAGCUAACAGUGAAUCAGUCAAUGACYAUCARGCCUCACAAGYAAUCGACAUGACAGCAUUAGAGACCCAAAGUGAGCAAAUAAAGCUCGGUAAUUCCAAUACAAUAUUAAUUGACGCAUGCGCAGAUGAUAACGUUUUCCAUGAGUCCACACAUAAGAGCAAAGUUAAGGCAAGGAAGAUGGCUCUACCAAAUYUUUUGCCGCCAGUACACUUCCCUGUUGGGCUACGACGUUCAMACACAUUUCAAGACAGAAACGACGUCACUUCUGSUAGGACAAGAUUAAGGCCUGUCAAUCAAGAUGUACGUCACAUUGACGUCAGUCAGGUUCAUUUUUCACGAGACAACAACAGGAGGUGGGGAGAGCGAGGAGACUACGUUUCAUAGAACUAUUUCAAGUAAGGAAGAUUCAACUGACAAAAUAACUGGCCGCUGGCUUACAUAUCAACUCAGUCCAAGCAGUUUGAAACAAAACUGUCAACCUGUCAACCAACAUUUGCUGAGCGAUUGUUUGAAUCAGGGCCACAUUGGAUAUCAAUAUCAGCCUCAAAAUUGACAGCAAAUGUYUUUAUAUUUUCUUCCAUUCUGUUCAAACUAGAAUGCACGAUCCGUGUUUUUGGUGAAUUAAAGAAUGGAUUAGAA